CCCCUGAGUUGGCGCGCCAUGGAGGAGCCGGCCGGGAGCAGCCCACCCAUGGCCGACGUCCGUCUGUGCGGGCACCUGCGGAAGCAGAAGUCCCAGCGGCGCCGGUUCUUCGUGCUGCGGGCGCCCAGCGAGCGGGGACCCGCCCGCCUCGAGUACUACGAGAGCCAGAAGAAAUUCGGGGCCGGCGGCUCCCGCCCCAAGCGCAGCUUCUCCCUGGCCAGCGCCCUGAACAUCAGCAAGCGGGCGGACGCCCGGCACCAGCACCUCAUCGUGCUGUACGGCCCGGACCGCACCUUCGGGCUGGCGGCGGAGAGCGCGGAGCAGCAGGAGGACUGGUACCGGGCCAUGGUGGAGCUACGUGCCACGGGCCUGUCGCAGCCGGGCAGUGGGGCGGCGUCGCCCUUCCGGGAGGUCUGGCAGGUGAGCCUGCGCCCCAAGGGGCUGGGACAGGCCAGGAACCUGGUGGGCGUGUACCGGCUGUGCCUGGCGGAGAGCUCGGUGGAGCUGGUGCAGCUCAGCGCCCCGGCCCCCUGCCUGGUGCUGCAGCUGCUGUGUGUCCGGCGCUGCGGCCACUCGGAGAACUACUUCUUCCUGGAGGUGGGGCGCUCGGCCGCCACGGGCCCCGGCGAGCUGUGGAUGCAGGUGGAGGACCUGGUGGUGGCCCGGCACAUCCACGAGACCAUCCUGGAGGCCAUGAAGCGGCUGAGCGAGGAAUGCCGGGUGCGAGGCCGGGGCCAGGCCUCCGCCCCCAUCUCGGUGCCAGCCCGGCACCUGCCCCCCGCCCAGCCGCCGACCCCCGGGGAGGCCCCGUGCCCCUUCCGCUUCCUGCCGCGCUCCUACAAGCACAGGGCCCGCCUGGCCGUGCCCGGGCGCCUCUCCUCCUGCUCCUCCUCCAUCAGCAGCGAGAGCCUGGAGGAGCCGGUGCCCCCGAGCCCAGGGGAGUACGUCAGCAUUGAAUACCGGCCCCUCCCGGGCCAGCCGGCGAGGGUGGAGCCUGGCGGGCGGUGCUGCGAGGAACCAGGACUCAACUACAUCACCCUGGACCUGGCCCGGGGAGGAGGUGGCCUGGGCGGGCGCCCCCGGGCAGCCGGUGGCCCCGGCCCCCAGGCCUAUGCCAGCAUCGACUUCCACCGCUCCCAGGAGCUGCGGGGACGCCAGGGCGGAAGGGACGGGCCAGAGUGCUGACCCCUUUGCUGUCCGUGCGGCCUGGAGACUUCGGGGCUCCCCUGACUCAGGACCAACGCUCCACCCCAGAGCUGGUCGCAUCGAGACGCCUGAUACCUCCGCAGACGAUGCGCCUCAGUUUCCUCCCGAUGGACCGUGAACCCCUUUAAGUGCCUUUGUUUUUGGGGUGCGGCUCUCGGGCGUGUGUGUGUGUGUGGAGAACAAGCCAAAGAUAAGGAGGGGCUGGUGCCUUGCGCUCCGGGUGUCCUUUGGUUCUGCUGGGAGGGACACCGCAGAACCUGAGCAUGGGCUUGAGGUUUCAAGGUCACCCCCAGUUUUGGGGGAAUCCCUCUGCACCGAAGCCAAUUCUUUACUCCUUUUUUUGGAGGGGGGGGAUGGUGGGAUCUCCCUAGCUUCCCACCCCUUGGGAUGGAGACUUUUCAGGGGGGCUGAUUCCGUAUUUGCAGGGUUCACCCCCCUCUGUGUUGGGGUCACCUCUUUGACCCCAUCAACCCUCUAGUGCCUUCAUGCCCCCCUGCCUGUUUUUGGGGUAUGCCCCAAAGGCUCCCCCCCUCUGUGCACUGUGUUUUGUUCCCCCGCUCCAGCCUUGGGGGGAAUAUUUGGCCUUCUCACAUAUCCAAAGUGCACCCUGCAGCUGGGGCAUUGUGAGGGGGCACUCGCCGCCCCCCCAUGCCCAUUUAGUUCGAUGCCUUUUGCGAGGAGAAUUGAGAGUUUGCUCUUUGCUUCUGAAUUGCACCUGAUUGGAGGUUUUUUUUUGCACUAGCUUUAAAAUGUUUCGUUUGAAACCAGGUAAUUUAUAGCUCCCGCUCUGGGAACUUAAAUCCUCCCGGCUUUUGCCGGCUGAGCUCACCGGGAAGGGAGAUUUUAACUCCCCUCUCGGAAGGUUUCCCCGUUGCGUGGCUGAGGGGCCGGGCCGGGCGUUCGCUUUGCGGGAUUUGGUGCGUGGCUGCAGAAUUGGGAGCUGUUUUUGCGGUUCCCUCGUUUGCAAGAUUGGAGCUGCAGAAACUGGGGGAGGGGUGGGUUGUGGUUAUAAUCAAGUCUUUGUGUCAAAGGGGCUUUAUGGGAAAAGUGGGUAUGGACAAAAUUUGAAAUACACUGGGAGUUAAUUUGCUGGGCUCUCCUCUGCCCUUGCCAAGGGCGAUCCACGUGGCUUGUUUAAAUGUGACACAAGCCACCUGCCAAGCUGGACCUGGGGCUACACCCGAAGCGUUGGGGAGCCGAUCGUGCCCAGAAAGGUCCCCCUGGUUUCUGUGGCUGGAGAAGAUUUGCAAAAUGAUUCGCAGCUGUUGGGAGCUCCGUUCCUUGCCCCUCCUCGCUGUGAUUUACGUCCUUGCACCGACGUCUUCGACCCAAAAACCUUUCUCAAAUUAAGAGGCAUCGCAGAGCUUGAUUUAUCCGCUUGGGCUGUGUGCAAAUACAGUCUCCAAAAAAGAAUCAAGGGGAUUUAGAAACAUGGCUGGAAGCGGGUGCCAAUUUGGCAAACCGAGUUCGGGGUUUUUUUUGUUUUUGGAAUAAAACGAAAAGAACUUUGCCCGCUGUUUCGUCAUGCGGCGGCUGCUUCGGUUUUGCAUUCAGGGCUUCGGUCAAAAUCAUUUUGCAGCUCGGCUUCAUCUGCAAAUGAAACUUUCCUCAGCGGUUGCACUGACAAAAGCUAAUUGUUCUCAAGUGCAUCUGUGCAGAGGGGGUCGAUGUUAAGUUUGCAGCUGAUCCCAGUAUUUCAAACGGCUUCGUUUGGGGGGUUUUCCUACAGCGACGGGCGCGAGAGCCACGGUGCUAAUAUGGGGGAAGCGAGGUUGUUCCAAACGAUAAACGAGGGUUGCAAAGAGCUUUGAGGUUUCAAGCCAAGAGCGCCAGCGAAUCCGUUUGAUUUAAGCAAGGCCCGGGCCCUGCCGCUGGGCUUGUGGGAUUUGUCGGUGAGCCCUGGGCUUUUGCACGGCUGGAGAUGGGGCCGGCCCAGGCUUUGGGCACAACUCGCGCCUGCGGCGUCGGCUGGUUCCGCCGUUUGCUGUUUGUUCGCCCCAGC